UCAUUGGCUGAGCCCUCCUGGUGACCUGGAUGGAAUUAUGUGAUCCUUCCUUAACCCAUAGGAAGUCCCACCCAGUUGACUACUUCAAAAUGGCGAAAGUCCUCUAAAACGGCCUUUAGGGAAAUGGAGUCCUCUAUGUAUCUCUAUGCUCCCUCAUCAGAACAAUGGGACCGGGGUAGUUGUUAUCACCUCUGGGUAAAACACUCGGGUUAGUAGACGAUUACACCACUCCUGUUACGAUAUAUCUACCUCGUUAAAGGUUUGCUUAUACAUGAGAGAAUUCUGUUUCCAUCGUGUGAAAAGCGCGCCAGACCGGUGCGUCAACUGCGAUGGAAAUAUCGAGUUGCAGUUCGUGACUGACAGCGGCAGCUGAAUCUUCUCAUGAGACCUGGGCGGCUAUGGUGGUGCCCCUGUCUAACCGAUGUGAGGAGCACACAUACUUUUAGAAACUAGAUGACAGCACAACACUCUCUCCGGCCAGCUGCUGUCAUUCGGAAGAGUACUGUCACUGGAGGUUGACCUUCGACUAGAAGACACAGUUGAGAAAAGGAAUUCCUUAGCCUAUAUAUUUCAUCAAGAGAAGAGGUAGCUAAUCUUCGUAAUCCAAAGCAAGUGGUUAGGGGGUGACUAGUAGGCUAUGGGAGCAUUAUGCUUUCCCGAAAAGGACUGAUCCCGGACGACUACUUGCUGACCCGCUUGGCUGAGGAUGUCCAGCAGCCUAAAUUCAAGGCGUCAAAAGCGCGGAAGGCUCGGUUCGUCGCCAAAAACGGAACCUGUAAUGUGGCCCACACGAACAUUCGCGAACAGGGACGGUUCCUACAGGAUGUUUUCACCACUUUAGUGGAUCUAAAAUGGCUUCACUUACUUAUCAUUUUCACUAUGUCAUUUCUGUGCAGCUGGCUGCUGUUUGCAAUGGUUUGGUGGCUCAUUGCCUUUGCGCACGGCGACCUGGAUCAAAAGGGUGACGACUUUGUCCCGUGCGUGACGGACAUCCACUCCUUCUCCUCUGCGUUUCUUUUCUCCAUAGAGGUACAGGUGACCAUCGGGUUCGGGGGGCGCAUGGUCACAGAGGAAUGCUUGUCUGCCAUAGUGGUCCUUAUCAUUCAGAACAUCGUGGGCUUGCUGAUUAACGCCAUAAUGCUGGGGUGUAUCUUUAUGAAGACGGCCCAGGCCAACCGGCGCGCCGAAACGUUGAUCUUCAGCAAGCACGCCGUCAUCUCCAUCCGAAAUAACAAACUGUGCUUUAUGAUCCGUUUAGGGGACCUGCGGAAGAGCAUGAUCAUUAGUGCCACCGUGCGGAUGCAGGUGGUAAGGCGCAGCACCACUUCGGAGGGCGAGGUGGUCCCCCUGGACCAGAUAGACAUUCACAUGGACAACCCCGUGGGGACCAACGGUAUUUUCCUGGUGGUUCCUCUCAUCAUAUGCCACGUUAUUGACAAAGACAGCCCGCUCUACGAGCUAUCGCCAGCGGAUUUACAAAAUAAUGAUAUCGAGGUGGUAGUGGUGCUGGAGGGGGUGGUGGAGACCACGGGUAUAACCACCCAGGCCCGGACAUCCUACCUGUCUGAGGAGAUACUGUGGGGGCAGCGCUUUGUGCCCACUAUAUCCGAGGAGGAGGGCAUGUAUGCGGUGGACUAUUCUAAAUUCGGUAACACAGUUAGAGUAGCGACACCCAGCUGCAGUGCCAAGAAACUGGAUGAGCAGGGAGGCAUCGCCAGGUUUAAAGUGCACGAACACGCGACCCCGCGGCCGUCCGUGAGAAGGCGACGGCUCUCACUGCGCAUGAAGCAAUACAGCACCAUCAGCCCACUAGCCUGAAUAGCCUACUUUUACAGAUAUAAAGGAGUUGCCAUUGCAUUUUGUAUAUGAAAGUAAUAGAUUUUUAUUACCUAUUGAAUUUGAAUGGAUCAUUUUGUAAUACUACAGAAAUGAAAUGUUUAUUAUGUCCUAGCAGUGUUAUUAUUCUGUUCCAUGGCACCCACAAGGUGUGCAGGCUUUUUUCUUGCCCAGUCCUAACACCUGCUUCCACCAAGGACGGGAUUAGCAGUAGCGUGCAUCAUGGGUAAAAAUCACUGCGGAAGUCAGAAAAAAACCCGAUAACCUGCUAGUUCAUAUGCCUUGCGACCGUGAUAUAGGCCUAAGGAAAGGAAAGGGGGAUACCUAGUCAGUUGUCCAACUGAAUGUAUUCAGCUGAAAUGUGUCUUCCGCAUUUGACCCAACCCCUCUGAAUCAGAGAGGCGAAGACAGUGGCAGAAUAAAUUCAACCACACCUUUGUUUCAUCACAAAACCGGGGGGCAACCUCUGUCGGGUGAAGUCUACAAGGCAUAUUGCAUGAUCAUCGUCAAGAAAGGGAAUGUUUCCGACAUUUCCGGACUACUAAACAACCAUGGAGAGUUAUUGCAAGUUGCAAAGAAAACAGGAGCUUCCUCCACUAUUCCAGCACCAUUUCAUCAUCAUCACAUCAUCUCUGCUUAGUCUAAUACAGUGACAACCAAAAACAACUUAGUCCAAUCAACAUAAGCUAAAUAUGAUGUGGCUGGCCAUGGUUCUGAUUUGUGUGUGCAAGCAGAAACAACAUGUUGGCUCACCCUACUUGUAGCGUAAUAGAGUACCAUAGUAUGAGUCAUAAUAUCCAUAAAACCUAGCAGUCAAACAAGGAAAUGGUUUCAAUCGUUUUUCCACCAUUCAUUUUCCCAUAGGGGAUUUUAGAAACACUUAAAAUAAGGGCUGUGCUUCGUGUAGGCUUACCCUGGCAUGACAUUUUGAUAACUGUGUAAAUCUCUCUAGGACAAGGUGACUUUUAUCAAAAAUAAAAUACUAAUUAGCUGAUUUGUCUAUCAGAAAGAACUACAAAUGCAAUGAUCUGAACGAGACUGCCGAAUCAAGGCAAAGAAUCUCUGGAUUAACUAUGUAAUGUUAGGUAAAUUUAGUAAUGAAUAAAUUGGCAAAAUGUCUUUAAAUUGACACAAUACCUGUUAGUAAAACUGCCAGCUAGAGGUGACGUGCAGGAUCUUGCAGGGAUUCUUGCUUGAGAAAUGACUCUUUGCUAAGAAGCCAUUUUUGUUUCUUUUUGACUAUUUUAUAUGAAAAUAAUCACAGUAAGGUGCUUACUUGUUACCCCAAAAUGUGAAAUCGAGAUAAAAAUGUCUGCAUUGGAACUUUAAAUAGACUGGUUAAAUUAGCAUUAUUUAGAGACCCCAGAUAUUAGACUUUUGUUGCAUUUAAAGCUGCAUUAUGUAACUUUCACAUAGAAAUAUGAGUUAUAGAUCGGUCACUCAUUGAAAGCAAUUCUAAGAAGUGAAGUGCACCUUUAAUGGGGCUCACACAGUCCCCCCCUGUAAUUCACAGUCAGCGCUGGACUAGAAUAAAAACCUUCACAGCCUGUGGGUAUAGUAAAAACCAGGAUCAAAGAACACUGUAUCUGUUGUGUAAUACCCACAUAUCCCGAUUAUAGACUGCAAUGUGAAUGCGACAUUACCUGAAGCAUUAGGUGAUUUUAGGUGCCUGAAUGUCUUGUUUUAGAAAUCCCACAAUAUGCACGUAUCAAAUACAUUAUUAAUCAGGGUCCUAAAUGAAAACAUAUGCACAUGUAUGACGGAAUGCAGUUUGAUAGAUUUAUAACAUUAUACAAAGUUAUGCAAGUAGUGUAUCCAGUUCGGAGGCAGAGGCCAGUGUGUGUGUACUGGUGCCCAACACUCCCACUGAAGAACUAGCCUCCUGCAGGCUUUCCUUCUGGCACUGCAUUAAAACCAGUACAACUGACACUGUGGCCCUCGAGGACUUGAGCACUGCUGAUCUACAUAAUGAUGCUCUUGUAUGGUAAAAAUCACUAUGGUUUUUGAUAGUGUUUAUGCAAAGCUUGACUUCGGCAAUAAAGAGGAAAUGCCUGUUGAAAAGCACUUGAGAUGUACUGUGUGUGUGUGUGAUAUAGAUAUAUAUAUAUAUAGAUAUACAUGUGUAAGGAUGAUAUGCAGAGGAGAGUUUCCUUGAAAAAAGUGACAUGUUUUCCGUGUCAUAUUUCUAUGCACAUCAUCAUCAGGUUGACAGAAGACAACAUGAGACAGAGCGGCAUUUAUGUAUUUUAUUCGAUUAUAAUCAGCAGAGGUUAAAAUAUUAAAUUGCUUUUAACUUAGUUAAUAAUUAAAAUACAUAAAAAUGAAAGCCAGAACUGAAGAACCCUGCAAACAAAACAAAAUUAAAAUAAAUAAAAUAAAAGGAGAAUAAUAAACCCAAAUCCUCGAUACAGAGGCUGUCUAAUUCCUCUUUCCACUCUCUGUACAGUGAAGAUGAACCAGACCGUGCAGUUUUCUAUAUAUGUGUAGGAUAACAUUUUUUUUCAUUAACUAGUUUCCUCUUUGAUAAUUUAAAAGGGAAAAUAAAACCCCAAAAGACAAGGGGCUGGGCUGGGGGGCUUCUUCAGCAAUACAGAACUGUAAAGCAGACCACACUUCUCCUUUCUCUCCUCUCUUUCUGGGCCUGCAGACAUUACCAAUGUCCUUGUCCUUCUCCUGUGCUGCUAGAGAGGGCAGGGUGGCCAACGCUCCAUCACACCGCAGCAAACAGCAGUUCCCUGGGGAAGAGGUCUUCACUCUCCACCAACCUCCCCUGUAACCAGACAUGGGCACCAGUCUGUCUUGUAAUAGCGGGUCUGGUCAUAUUAAAUAGCUUCCAUAGAAUUUUGAUAUCUUUAUCUCCCUGUUUGCGUGGCAGUGCCACCCUGUCUAUACUGCCCCCUAUGGGUGGCCUCUGGGACAGGGAUGUUAUAGAGGGGUUCAUCAGGUGAAUACAUGACUAAAGUAAUACGAGAAUGACAACUGUAAUAUUGAAGGGACAGAGUAGUUUUGUGGACAGAGAGAGAGAGAGGGCGGUAGAGAAUAAUAGCAGUGACUUGUGUUCUCUCUGGUCCUGAGUAGGAAGCGCUUUAAUCAGCUCCAGAUUAACAACUCAAACAGUGAUUGGCUAGUAUUGUCCCACUAGGUAGUAACGUGGCUCCCUAUAGACCUUCCCCCUUCAAUCCUCCCACCACUAGGCUGGAGCGAAGAGCCAAUACUCAUUGUUGAGUCACCUCUUCUCCACACAAUAACAACACUUUACAAUAGUACGUUCAAGCAAAGCAGUCACCAUCCUGAACUGUACUUUAGGCAGAGAACAGAGGGAGAGAAGGGCAAACAGAAACACUGUCCCAAAUGAGAAAAACAAAUACAACUGAAUAAAACUUUUCCAACAGAAUAAAAUAAAACCAAAAUUAAAAUAAAAAAAACAUUACAUAUUUGUUCCUAGUUUAAAUUGCAGACCAGAUGGGAGGGAUUUGCCCCUGGAAGGAACACGCUCACGCCAAUUCCUGUUGGCGUGACAACACCCCCCCCCCCC